UCAACGUAUUUUUCACUAUGCAGGACUCGGCAAUGGUGGCACCUGUAGGAAACAGUAUAAUUUUCGCAAAUUUCGCAUUAAUGAUAUCCGUCAAAGUAGAGAAAAUUAAUCAAAUCAUGCCCAAAUAAGUUAUAAGUCUUUGUAAUCUGCAAGAAUGACGUAGCAGUUGAAAUUUCCAUCAUAAUUUUGCUUUCGGCCCCCACCCCAACAAAACUGGUCCCGGGUACUCUUGCUUUGAGAUUGAGAUCUCUUUUAUGCAGUGAUCGAUGAAUUUCCUUCCUUUACACAUCAAUUUUAAGGUCUACAGUCCAAUUAUAAGCCAUUGAUCGUGUAAUUCCACGCCCUAGUGAGUCGAUCAAUGAAUUAAGGGUGAUCUUGAGUCUCUGUAUUUAGCUUUGAUUGGUCGUAAUCUGUGCUCCCUGUGUUUCUAAGACUCUACUAAGUCACCAAGCGCAUCAAUCAUGGAUGCAGAAGAAACUUCUCGAGAGCCAGAUAGCAUGAAGGAACAGGGUGCUGCUAUAUCUCAUUUUGAACAAGCUGUUGGUCAAUCAAGAUCUUUUGGCUCAUAUGGUGAUCUUUCAGUUUAUCCUCCAAAUUUCUAUGCCCCUCAGGCACACACAAUCUACCAUAAAGGUUAUGAAAAUUUUCCGGGUGGAUGGGAUGAGUUCCCUCUAUACAGAAACACUGAAGGGCUGAAUACUAGAUCUCCUGGCAUCUAUAAUGACAAUCCUUCUCUUAUGUCUCAUAACUGUUAUGGCUACAACCUACAGAUGCCAUAUGGGCCAUAUGGCCCCAUUUCUACACCUUCGCAUCCUGUCGGUGGUGAUACUCCUAUAUAUUCACCUCAGCAAUAUACAUACUCUAGACAACCAUAUUAUCAGCAAGUAGUUUCUCCUACUCUGCCAUAUAUUGCUCCAUCUUCUCCAGUUUCACUAGCGGACUCGUUUGUGAAUGUUGACCAACUAGUUGAUGGAAGGCUUCAUGGUCCAGGAAUGGGUUAUGCCUCUUCAUUUGAGUCUUCUGGUAGAGGAAAUUACUCUGGAAACCCUGGAGGGGUUGGCUUUCAGGAUAUGUGGCAGGGAUUUGACGCAUAUAGAACUGGUGGCCUUUGGUCUGAUUGGCCAAAAUCCUCAGAUAGGCAGCGGCCUCUUACUCCAGUGUCGUUGUCCGCAUCUUCACAAGCAAACGGAAGUUUUGGAUCAUUUGGGCAAAAUGUCGGAACGGCUUCACAACAGCCAAGUUCGUUUUAUGGGUUUGGAUCCGGUUCAGAUUUUUGCAAUAAUAGUUGCCAUCGACUUAAUCAAGGUUCUAAUAUUGGACACACUACUUAUAAUUUGGGAACUAACGGUAGGGCCUGGCUUGCUCUGGACAAUGGCAGGCUAUGUGGCAGAGGCAACGGUACUUUAUGCAGUUGUAGUCGUACCAUUGACAUUUUCAAUGAGCAGAAUCGAGGCCCAAGAGCCUUUAAAUCAAAGGGCGAGAUUGCCACCGAAAAUUACCUAUCAACUGAUGCUAACAAACAUUUGUCUACUGUGGCCAAGAUGCAUGGAAUGUCUAACAACUGCCAAGAUUUUGUCAUAGAAUACAAAGAUGCAAAAUUUUUUGUUAUUAAAUCUUACAGCGAAGAUAAUGUCCACAGGAGCAUCAAGUAUGGUGUCUGGGCCAGCACUCCAAAUGGAAACCGAAAACUGGAUGUUGCAUACCGUGAAGCAAAGGAGAAGCAAACCACCUGUCCUGUAUUUCUCUUUUUCUCGGUUAAUGCUAGUGCCCAGUUUUGUGGAGUGGCUGAAAUGGCAGGACCUGUAGAUUUUGAGAAGAGUGUGGACUAUUGGCAGCAAGAUAAAUGGAGUGGGCAGUUUCCUGUUAAGUGGCACGUCAUAAAAGAUGUUCCCAACAGCCAGUUUCGUCACAUUGUGCUUGAGAGUAACGAUAACAAGCCUGUAACCAACAGUCGAGACACACAAGAGGUAAAAUUUGAGCAAGGUAUUGAAAUGUUGAAUAUUUUCAAGAAGUAUGAAACCGAUGUGUCAAUCCUUGAUGAUUUCGAUUUUUAUGAAGACCGGCAAAAAUCCAUGCAAGAAACGAAGGCGAGAGAGCAGACCAGCUUGUUGAACAUUGGGGUAGUCGGAGGAAAUGAAAACAGAAAUGUUGUUGCGUUGCCUGAUGAUAUCAUCAAGCAAAUGACGAAAAGUUAUGCUCAGAUUGUUAAAUUGGAUGAUUGCAGUGAAAACAGUUUGGUUACCGAAAAACUUGCUCCUGUAUGGGAUGGUUACGCUGGUGCCAGGGUCGACGCCGAAGGUACUGCUACUAUGACCGUGUCAGGUGCUCAGUCGAGCUAGGCAGUUUUCAGUCAAGUGCACUCGUGGUGAUCUUUUAGAUUGUUUUGUGGUUUUGCAUCCACUCUGGUCCGUCUUUGUUUUAGUUCUGGAAUAUCUUAGUGGAAAAUCGAGCUAGGUGGAUGCAUUUUGUGAAUUUUCUGUUCAUGUCUUCUUAUCUCCAAUCUAACGGUUUUAAAUUUUUUUUCAGACCAUUAUUUAUAUUUUAUUUGAAGUUUUCUUGUUGA